UUUCAAAUAUUCCACUAAUUUAAAAAAUAUACAAAAUUAUUCAUUAUAUACAAAAAUUAAUGGAAUUAAUGGAUGUAUUUACAUGACACUUUGUCAGUAUAAUUAUCGCAGUGUAACAGAGAUCCAAAAGAGAAAUAACUAACUAUAAUUAUCGCGAUUUUAAUAUUGUGUACGCGACUAUAUUUGUUUUAUAUAUAUAUGUAAAAGCUUAGAAUUAGUCAUACCUAACCGUAACAUACUUGAUUAGUAAAAUACAAAAUAUUUUGUAAUAUUUUGCUGCCUUUCUUAUUUGUCAUAUCUAGUAUAACUUAUAAAUUAUUAAUCUAUAAAUAAUCUUUUCAAAUGGACGACAGUCUGAGAAAUAAACGUUUAACUGGUGAGGAAACCACCCAGUAUCACUUAGCAGCAGUUUUGUAUACAACACAAACUGAGAAUAAAAUGCUACCAGGAUUUGAUCCUAAUCGAGAUGAUGUUGAAUAUUACCGUGUUCAACAGGAUAUCGAUUGUGAUGAAGUAUAUCCAGGAAUAUAUAUUGGUGAUGCUGCCACAGCAAAAAAUAAGAAAUACCUUAAAAUAUUGGGUAUAACACAUUUGCUUAAUGCUGCUGAAGGAAAAAGAUUUGGAUGUGUAGACACCGAUAAGAAUUAUUAUUCUGAUACAACAAUAAAGUAUCUUGGCUUACCACUUAUUGAUUUGUGCACAACAGACAUUAGCAAGUACUUUUACAUUAUUGCAGAUUUUAUCGAUGAAGCUGUUUCGAUUGGAGGUAAAGCUUUUGUUCAUUGUGUGUUAGGAAUCUCACGUAGCGCAACGUGCGUAUUAGCAUAUUUAAUGAUUAAAAAAGGAAUGCUAGCCGCAGAUGCAAUUCGAACAGUUCGCAAAAAUCGUUUAAUUCAACCAAAUAGUGGUUUUCUUCACCAAUUAGCGGAGUUAGAUAAUCAAUUACGAAGACAACGAUCUUAAGUGAAUACAGCUUUGAUAAAACUAUAAGGUUCACUAACAAUAUAUACUGCAGUGAAUUUGAUAGAUAUAUGUAUAUUGUAUAUAAAUAAUUGUAUAUAAAAACUGAGUAAACAUGAUCAAAAUGUAUGAUUAGAUUAGAUUGAUACAUUGUUAGUCAACAUUAGGCGCAAAAUUCACUAUUAUCUCAAAAUCAAAUAUUACGAAUAUAUACAUAUUAUGAGAUAGCAAUCAUAUAACUCAUAUUACGCUUCACGAUAUAAAGUAUUAUAUAUACAAUAUAAUCGCUUCUCACAAUUUAUUGUUGGUAAAUUGUAUUAUUUAAUAAAUUAUAAUACUGAUAUUGUAAAAA